UUUUUCAGUAGGGUGAACGAGUCUUUAUAUAGAAGAGCCACGAAUAAGUCAAGCUUAAUGUUUAAUAAAUUAUCUUCUGUAGAUUUUCGCUCGCAAACUAUUCAACCAAUAUUGUGUGAAGCCAGAAAUAAUGGUGUACUCAGUAGGCUAUGUAACGUGGAGUAAAUUAGCUAAGUAAGAGCUAAAUUGUGUUAGCACAGCCACAAUUUCUAUCGCAGAAGAUGACCGCAGCUGAUUAACACCUCAAUAACAAUUUUACGAACCUUAUGUUUCGUUAUGUGAGCUGGUCAUGUGACAAAACAGUUAUUUUGCUGACAGUUGAGCUUUUACUGUGCUGCUUCUCGAGUGAACUUCGCUCAGUUCACUGACUAGCCAAACAAACAACAGUUUGAAACGUGAGGUACGUAGAGUCAUACGUUAGUGUCUAUUUAGACGGUCGUUUCUUCUCAGUAACGCACCUACAACAUUAAAAAUUAAAUUUUCAGUCUGUGCUUUUAGUUUCACUCGAGUGUUUUACAGCUGUUUGUGUGCCUGGAUUAAAGAACAAUGGAGAUUUCAUUUAGAGGAAAGCGUGCUUUGGUGACUGGAGCUGGCAAAGGGAUUGGACGGGCCACCGCUCUGGCGCUGGCACGCUGUGGGUCAGAGGUCACGGCUGUCACACGCACCAAAGCUGACCUGGAUAGCCUAGUGCAAGAGUGUCCCUCCAUUAAGCCGGUAUGCGUGGACCUGUCUGAUUGGGACGCCACCAAGGAGGCGCUGAAUAAUGUUGGCCCGGUGGAUCUUCUCGUGAACAAUGCAGCCUGCGCAAAACUUCAGCCCUUCCUUGAUGUCACGCCAGAUCAGUUUGACAUGUCUUUUAAUAUCAACGUGAAAGCUGCACUUCAUGUUGCUCAAAUCGUGGCUCGGGGUAUGAAGGCCAGGGGAACUGGAGGAUCCAUUGUGAACGUCUCGAGUCAGGCAUCACAGUGUGCCCUGAAGGAUCAUGCCGUGUACUGUGCCACUAAAGCAGCACUGGACAUGCUGACCAGAGUGAUGGCGCUCGAGUUGGGGCCGCAUCAGAUCAGAGUGAAUUCGGUGAACCCGACUGUGGUGAUGACGGAGAUGGGAAAGAUUGGAUGGAGCGACCCAGAAAAAGCCCGAAGCAUGACAUCACGCAUCCCACUGGGCAAAUUUGCAGAAGUGGAGGAUGUGGUGAACUCCAUCCUCUUCCUCCUCAGCGAUAAGAGCGCCAUGACCAGUGGAGUGAUGCUGCCCGUGGAUGGAGGUUUCCUGGCUUGCUGAAGAAGUAAGGUGAAGGAGAAUAUGGACACAUUUCAUCUGUUACAGCUCAUACGUGUUCAUAUUGGCCACGAGUGUUUAUGAAACAUUAUUUUGGCACUGUUUCUCACAGAUAUUCUGAAGACUUGGAGUCAUUUUGACCGUGUUAUGAUGGCAUUUUUGUGGCAAUUUUUAAUUGUGUGGAAUAGAGCAGCAGGAACAUUCCGUGAAAUAUCUUGUUUUUUAUCACAUGAAAUAAAGAAAAUACAUUAUGGAAGUUUAAAAGAAAA